UUACAAACGUCCUGGGAUCGUCUGUAGCUGACAAGUUGUUGGAAAGCAAAUAUGUCUCUGCCAUUGUCCUUGCUGAUAUGUCUGUCAGUCUUCCAGCUGUGUUUGGGAGCUCCGCCUGAGAAGAGACACAUUAAAGAACAGGGUUGGACUGAAAAACGUCCUGAGUCAAAAGAUGUUCAGAAGGCAGCUCAAUAUGCUGUAGAAAUGUUCAACAAAAAAGCAAAGAACAAGGUGUUCUUCAAGCUGAUCUCAAUUACCAGUGCUAAAUCCAAGGUAACCAAUAGGAUCAACUUUAAAAUCAUUGCAAUCCUCAGAAGUACCAUAUGUCCUAAGAUGAAAACCAUUGACUUGAGAAACUGCAUUUUGGGCAAAGAGCAACUAAAGUGCCAGUUUGUUGUGACUUUAGACCCCGGCAACAGCAAAUAUUACCUGAAAUCCAAGAAAUGUCACAAAGUUGCAAAGAAGGGUUAAUUCUUUUUUACAGUGUCAAGAUAACCUGAGAUCGUCCCAUUACUUCCAUGCUGAAUUUUUUAGGUAAACAGUCACAAUACAUGAAGUUACAUUUAUAAUUAAUUACACAAAGUAGCAUCUAUAACCAAGGGUAUAAUCAAACUUCAAUAAAAUCUCUGAGGUUGUGUGUUUCUUUUGUCUCAUGCAAACUUUACCUUUAAAUUCUAUUUCUUUUUUAAUUUAAUCAUAAGAAAUCAUAGUCAGGCAGAGAGGGAGAUAGUUGCCAAGCCAUGAAACAGGAACAGCAGGCUUUCUGAUAAGACGAAGAAAGUUUCUAGCCUGCAGAUUUAUAGAAAUAUGUGUGAGACUAUUCCUUAUUUCAAUGCAAGAAAGUUUUAAAGGCUGAAGUCUAAACAAAUUGAGUAAUUUAAUAAAACUUAAAGCAAAAUACUUAUAUUGAUAAUGUUUUCUCUUGAAAGAAUGAACAACUUUGGUUUCAAAAAAUAAGAAUAGUGGAUGAUUCCUGUUUUCUUGUCAGAAGAACACCUAUAAUUACUCACAUGAUGAUUAUAAUAAAAGUAACUAAUAAAGCAUGGUUAACAUAAUAUUAUAAAUGACUGCUAAAUCAGAAGCUAGAGAGGUUAUAGAUGUGAUUUUGAUAAUGAACUUGAAAUGACGUAAAAUGUGUAACUGCAAUUAAAGAUCAUUGAUGUUGUGUUGGAGGUAGAUAGUAGGUGAAGGAUUAGGGAAAAGAGGAACUGAAAGGAGAGCAGAGAUGACCAACACCUCAGAGUUAGCUGAUUUGGAAACAGAUUAUUGUAACUCAAACUGUUGAAAGAAAAAGAUUGUGCAGGUAAAGGGUUUAGGGUGACUUUUGAACACCAGGACAUGAACACAGACAUCAUUGUCUCUAAGACAAUGAUGGAUAUGAGAUCAUCUAUCCAAGCAGACAGCCAGCAAAACAAGCAUGACAACAGUGCCAACCAAUGCAAGUUUAUAUAUAGGGUGGAGAAAUGCUAUAAAAACACUAUAAAAUGUCAAUGCAAAAGAGGAACCUUUGGUUGGAUUCUCUAGGCGGCUUUGAGCCACAAUUGAGAUGGACAAAGAAUUCUGCAGCUGAAGAAGAUCCAGGGCCACAGAGAGCCGAAAACCUACCUUGCAACAUGUGGCCUCAAAAUGGACUUCUCUCAUCAUCUAAAUUCAGACCAAUAAACGUUGAUGUAAGCUUUAUCUGUUUUUUUGUGACAUUAUGGACAUUUGUAGUGUUUGUUUUAACACUACCCUAGCCCAGUGAUGGUGCAAUAAUACACUCCAACCAAUUUUCUGACAGAAGACUAAACUCCAUCCAGAUUCUAUUUGGAAAAUCUAUCUGCUUUUAUGGUGACUAAAUGUAAUUCAUAUUGGUUACAACAUUAGGGGAAAUUUAUCCUCACUGUUUUAUAACAUGAGGUUGUCGGGCAGGCAGUUUUAAAAUUGUUUCUCUUUGUUGCUAAAUAGAUACUUUUUAAAUUUCUAUUUUAAAAGUUCUGGAAGACUAUAUCUGUUUUCUUUCCACUUUAUCGUUUCACUUUUGCCACUUUGUGAAUAAAUUGCUUAAUCUCC